UAGUCUACACAUAAUGUCUAUAGCCUGGAGUUGCUUUGUUUUAGGGCUUUUUGCCCUCGCCUCCCUCCAGGUGGCACUCGCCAAUGAUUGCGCCCAAAAAACCUUCAAAACCGGAAUUGUGUGUGUCUGCAACAUAACUUAUUGCGAUGAGAUCCCAGAUAUCAACUUACUAUCCGGGCAGGCUGCCACAUUCACAACUUCCAAAUCCGGAGCCCGACUGCAUCGGGAUGUGGUUUAUGCGACAAAUAGUGACCCUUUAACCAGCAUGCACUUCACAAUUGACUCGUCAAAAACAUAUCAGACAAUCCAAGGAUUUGGCUCAACGUUUUCCGAUGCUUCUGGUGCGAAUUUGAAGAGCUUACCCGAUCAGAUGGCUGAUACAAUUCUGAGACAGUAUUUUUCGGAUUCUGGCCUGAACCUGCAAUUCGGACGGGUUCCAAUUGCCAGCAAUGACUUUUCAAGUCGUGUCUACACUUAUGACGAUAACCUUGAAGACUACAAUAUGGCACAUUUUAGCCUGCAAAGGGAAGACUAUCAGUGGAAGAUUCCGUAUAUGCAAAUGGCGCAGAAGUACAACCACGAUUUGAAGUUUUUCGCCGUGCCGUGGAGUGCGCCAGGCUGGCUAAAAACCACGAAUUCCACCAAAGGGUACGGUAUCCUACUAGGCACCAAUCAAGACACCUACCACAAAUCCUACGUCACUUAUAUCUUACAUUUCUUGGAAGAAUAUCAGAAAAAUGGGAUUCUCUUCUGGGGCUUGUCAACUCAAAAUGAGCCAACUAGCGGAAGUGAUAAGAAGACUAAAAUGCAAUCAAUGGGAUUCACGGCGGAAUUUCAAAGAGAUUUUAUUAAGCUUGACAUUGGACCAGCGCUGAAAUCUUCGAAUGCUGGAAAAAAUGUGAAAAUUCUGAUUUUGGACGAUAAUCGUGGAAACUUGCCAAAAUGGGCAGACACUGUUCUCAAUGACAAGGACGCAGCAAGUUACGUCUCCGGAAUCGCCGUACACUCUUACCAGGACGACGAAAGUGACAAACAUCUUACACAAACCCACAAUAACCACCCAGAUGUGUUCAUUUUUGGUACAGAGGCAAGCGAGGGGUCUAAAUCGAAGGAUGUGGAUUAUGGUAGCUUCGAUCGAGCAGAAGACUAUGUUUCGGACAUUUUAGAUGAUUUCAAUAAUUGGGUUACCGGAUGGACGGAGCGUAACCUGGUGCUAGAUGCUCAAGGUGGACCGUCCUGGGUUUCGGGAUUCGCGGAUGCUCCGGUCAUUGCGUUCCCCGCAUUGGCUCAAUUCUACAAGCAGCCCAUGUUUUAUGCAAUUGCACAUUUUAGUCAUUUUCUGAAGCCCGGAGCAGUUCGAAUCGACCAUUCACUGAACAUGCCAAACCCAGAAAUUGAACGAAGUGCAUUUUUGAAUCCGGAUGGCUCAAAAGUCGUGGUGCUCCAUAAUAAAAAUCCUUUGGCACCAUAUAGUUUAUCAAUUAAGGAUACUAUGAAGUCUACUGAUCAUUAUCAAGUUCAUUUAUCACCUAAAACAAUUGUUACGUUGUAUAUUCAAAAUUAGAAUAAAAUAUCAAUUUUUUAAAAU